UCAGUUUUCAGUUUUCACAGUAGUAGAAACUAAAAAGUGAUUACUUCCACCGCGUUAAAACUCAAAAGCUCUUUCACCUUCUCACUUCAGUUCUGAUUCUUUCUGUGUUAACUUUCUCAAUUCCAAACAAAAAAAAAAUUACCAAAAAACGAAUGGGAAAAUGGAAUUAUCGUCCGUCGCGUAGAUUCUUCCCUCGUCGCAGAUCUCCUAAUCCUCCUUCCAUUUUCUACGACAUCAAAGCACCUCUUCCUGAAUUUCAGCACGAUGGAAUACCUUUAUGGGAGAAAAAAUAUUGCACUUUGAGUGGACGUGUACCGUGGCAGAAGAUUGUUGAUUCCAAAAAGUUGAUUUACUGCCACCAUAAUGUGCUCGAUUGGAAGGAUUCAGGGGCCGAAGAAGCAUUUCAAAAUGCCAAAAAACGUUACUGGGCAGAAAUCAACAGUCUUCCCUGUGAUAUUUCGCUACCUGAUCCAGAUGCUUAUAUUGAGCAAAUAGAUUGGAAUCCUUGUAUUGACCCUGAACUGAUAAAGGAAUUAGAUAAUGCAUUCUUUACUAUCCCCGAUGAACAAGAACAAGAGAAUGCCAUAAAAUAUAAAAGAACAAAAAUAUCAGUUGAUGGUGAAAAUCCUUGGGAAUGUGCUGCAUUAUCUCUUGGCAGAGCUUCAGAAAAUAAAGUCCAAGGACAAAACCAGGGGGAUUAUCAUGAUAAUUCUGAAAAUGUGGAUACUACUGACAAUCCCUGGGAGAGUAGCGUCUUUCGUGGAAGUCGAGGAUUAACUGACAAUGCUUGGGAAGGUGGUAAUGAUAAAUCAAGAGGUUGGAAUGAAGGAAGCAACCAUAACAAUCAGUGCCGAGAUUGGAAUUCUGGAUGCUUAGAGACAGAUAAAGGAUGGGGAAAAAUUAGGGAUAAUUCUUGGUGCCAGAAGCAGUCAAAUAAUUUGUCUAAUAUUGGCGGCAAGUCUUGGGAAUACAAAUCUAGUCAGCAGAAUGCAAUUUCAAUGAACACAGGAUGGAGAAACGGAGACACAAAUGUGUCAAGAUGGAAACAACAGGAAAAAGCUUAUGUUUCCAGCGAUUCGCAAUUUAGAAGGAAUAAUCGAGGUGGUUGGUCUGGUGGGAAUCAGAGUUAUCAAAUGAGGGAAGGCUCUAAUAGACAUAAUUUAGGCUAUAAUGGAUCUCAACUUCAAAGGGAUGAUAGUCAAACAGGUCAUUAUUGGAGGAGAGAACAAAGUAGAAAAAGGGAUUUUCGCGCUUAAUGGUUAUUAAACCAUACCACACCUCGUUUUUUGAUGGACACUAGUAUUUGUUUUUUGUUUAUACUGGUCAAUACUGAUAUGCCACAGGGUAACUGUUUGCCAGGAUUUUGGAAGAAGGUGGUUACUGGUUGCUAAGGCUUCUCAAACAAGAACAAAUUGGGGGUAUUUGCUUUAUCCUUGAGGUGUAAACUUUAUUUCACAGUUUGGUUUUCUAUGAAGAGAAAAACUUUUGGGUUUGUCUCAUUUUGGUUAGUAGAGAACACUCACUUAGGUGCUUUUUGCAAUGCUAAAUCUCCUGUGUGCUUUUUGAGUGGAUCUUUGGACAAUGGAUCAAUAAGGCUUCCUUGCAACUCAAUACCUUAUUUUGUUUUGAUCUUUGUGGUCUUUGUACUAUGGAUGUUCUCUUCAUAAGUUUGAGAAGGGCCAUUUAGCUAACCUUUACUUGUAUUUUAGCUUGGAAACUUAAUGUAUAUCAUGAAUAAUAGUUUAAUAUUAGCA